AUGAACGUAGAGGAGAGACCUGGGACAUCGUUUACGUCGAAGAGACAGGUUCAAACUGAAUAGAGAAAGCGGUAGUAAAUGAAUUUGGGUACUUUGGAGACGGAGGAUAAAAGUGUAAGAACAGGAAUGAAAAUUAGGCCGAUUACUCAAGAUCAAUAGAGAAACAGUUUGCAAUAGAAGAGAUAGAAGAUGAUUCCUUAGGCAAUUUUAUAUGACAGGGAAUCUUUGUAUGAAGAAGUUAUAAAUGCAAAAUAAAUCAAUAACAAUCUCUAAAGAGAGAACCAAGCUCUACACACUAAAAUCAAAAUGAUGGAUGAAGAAUUACAAAGAUUGGUUAGAGCUACUCCCAUAAGUGAGCAAGUUAUUAACCCAAUGGAAUCAUUUUAUUAGGAUAGCAAGCCAAUGAAGUAGCAUCUAAUAAUGGAUCUGAAGAAGCAGCUGAGGAGAUUGCAAGAAGAGCAAAUCAAAAAGGAUUAAUAAAUACAGUUUCUACAGAAAAAUACUAAAGCCAUGAAAAUAAAGGAACUAGAAAUCGAACUGCUAUCGUAUCAAUAGGAAGCACAAAGAUUGAAAGCCUUGGUUGGAAUGAAAUUCAAUGAUUCUGACAAUGAUCUGCUUAGAUUGAGGGCUGAUUACAAGUUAUUGGAGGAUGAAUUGAAAUAAUUAAAGGUCAAAUGCAAAGAAUUUGAGUCAAAAGCUACCAUGUAUUAUAAUGAAAAACUUAAAAAGGAUAAGUUGAAUCAAUAUCUAAAGAAUCAAAUUGAAAAUUUAAAAUUUAAAGAUCCGGAAUAUAAGAAAUAAAAUAAAAUUACUGAAAAUGAAUAGCAAUUGAAAUAAGAUAUAGAUUAGAAGUAAGUUUAAAUAGACACAUUGAUAAGUAGUUUGAAAGCCAAAGAUGCUUAAUAUGCAGAAUUGGAUAAGAGAAUGAAAGAGUUGGAGAGAGAACAAUAAUAAAUCAUAGAUUAAUUAGAGAGAGAAAGAUAAUAAUUGCGUGAGCAAUGCAAUUCCCUAAAGGAAGAGGUUUCAAUGUAAUCAGGAAGAAGGAGAACUGUUUAAAAUAACAGUUUCUUGGAAAAUAAACUUGAAGUUCUUCCUGAAGGCCCAGAAAUAAUUGAUCAAAAGAAGAAACUAUUGCCAUGUGUAACAAAGGAUGAUGUGAAUUUGAUAUGCAAGUAGAUAAAAUUCAAAUUAAAGGCUAUGAAAGUUCCCUUUGAGAAGAUAGAUAAUUUUAUUCAUGGGGAUGUCCACUCUGUAAUUAGAAUUGAGGAAUUAAACGAGAUGUUAUAAGAUGAGCCAUUUUUGUUGAAUGAAGUGGAUAGUCUUAAAGUUGCUAGGUAUUUGAUUGAGGACAAUGAUGAACGAUUUGUUGAGUUUAGUUUAUUGACUGAAGGACUUAUAGCAAGAGCCAAGAGUAUUCUGAAAAAUUUAAUUGGCAAAUACACUCUUCUGGAAAAAAAUGAAGAGGACCAAUUAUUUUUGGAGAUGGCAAUUGUGUUAUCAAAGUAUAGGAAUUCUUUGGAGGAUUUCAUUUUGAGAUCAAAAAAGAAAUAAGAGUUGUGUACAAUUGACGACCUUGAGGAAGCUCUUAAAUUUGUCGAAUAAACUUUUAAUUCUACUUAAUAUGAAUAUUUGUUAUUGAAGAAUUACGAACUUACUCAAUAAUUAAUUAACAUCAAUUACAAAAAGAUAUUUGAGUUAUUUUACGUUGAUCCAUCAAUUCAACAAAAAACUAAAAGUGAAAGCGAUUUGCCAAAAGAAUAAGGAAAGAAGUAAUCAAAUGGUGAUGUGUUGUAGAAUAAGGAUGUCUAGUAGGAACUGAUUUAAUAAUAAUAGAGAAAAUAAAAGGAGGAAGAAGAAUAGAGAAUAUUAUGGUAAUUGUAAUAGGAGCAGGAAAGAUAGAGACAACUAGAAUUGGAGAAGGAAGAGGAAGAACAAAGGAGGUUGGAAUAAUAGUGGAAGGAGGAGGAAGAGGAGAGAAAGAGAUAGGAGGAAGAGCAGAGAAUCAAGCAGGAGAAUGAGGCUAAGAGGUAAAAGUAAUUAGAGGAGAUGAAGAAGUAAGAGGAAUAGGAGAAUCAUAGAAGACAAUAAGAGUAGCAAAGACAGCAAGAAUUAUUGAGGAAAUAGAAGGAGGAAGAGGAAAGAUAAAGAAAAUUGAAGGAAGAAGAGGAGGAGAGAAGAUUAUAAGAGGAGUAGUUGGAGAAAUAGAAGUUAGAAGAGGAGUAGAAAAGAGUAGAGCAGGAAUAUGAAUAGCAGGCUGAGUAUGAAUAGAAUGAAUAGGAGGAUAAUGCUGAGGAAUAUAAUGAUCAAUAGUUUGAUUAAUAGUAAUCUGAACAAUAAAACAGUGUGCCUUAAAACAAGAGUUAGAAAGAUUAUGAGGAUGAGGAUUUUGAAUAAUGA